CGUAAGGUAAAAUUCAAUUACCAGCCGCCAACGGCUUUGACUGCAAUAYCAUUAACAACAUACUAGUAUGUACUUUUCAACUGCUUUGAAGAAAAAAAUAUUGAUAAACAGGGUCGUCUUCACCAACGAGUUUUACCGCUCGUGUACGGUUGCCUAACCAACCAAAAAAUUUAAUUCGGUAUUUCGUUAUUUGGUAUUCAAAUUAGUUCUACCACACAGCAAAGGGUUGAUCAUUUUACUGGCGUCGCGUCGUAUUAUGAUUCUUGGACCAGAGAUCAACUAGGUUUUUCGGCAAAAUGGCUGAGGAAUCGAGCGGUCAAGAGAUGGAUUCAUCGGCGGAAGACAAGAUGCCAAAGUACUUGGAUUUUCCUGAAGAAGAUCAGUACGAAAACAACGAACGUGGAGACUUUAUUCGUACGGUGAUCAGCUUCUUUGGUGUUGGCCUAGUUCUCCAUACGUUGUUUAGUGUGAUCAUUGCUGGAUCGCAAGAUCUGCUUGGAGGGACACAGAUACCAACCACGGCAGUUCUUCUUUCCCAUGUAGGACCUAUGGCUCUUGUAAUCUACACUUUCCCCUGGUUCAUGCAGAAAAUUUCAUACUUUAUUCGUGUAAUUGCGAUAUUUAGUUUCAUGGCAUCGGGGUUYCUGGUUAUAACGUUUGUACAGAAUCCUUACGCGAAGUUGGUCGGUGUUGCUCUUAAUGCUGUAGCUCAUUCCCUUGGAGAAGCUACUUUCCUUGCAUUGGGAGCCUUCUAUGGAGAGAUCAGUGUAACCUCUUUUGCUGCUGGGAGCGGAAUUGGAAUCCUCAUUGGGCCUUUAUACUACUUAGGUCUUACAUCAGGUAUCUGUAUAUCUCCACAAGAGACCAUGAUAAUAAUCUCAUGUGGGUCGAUAUUGAUCCUUGUAUGCUACUAUAUCCUAAACAAAGACCGAGUUAAGUCUCACGCCAUCGUAGCCACCUACACCAGUCAUAAAUAUAGCAGCGUACCAACCACGGCAAAGACGCAAGUUCAUGACCCAAGCAAGCUAUCAUGGUGGGAAAAAUGCUCUGCGGCCUGGUCAAUUCUCCCGCUAAUGCUAUCCAUGGGAUUCACUCAGAUCUUCCAGUAUUUGACGGUACAGUCAGUUUUUACCACUCUAGCUUUCACAAACGCCACUAUAGUCAACCCACGUGAUCAUUACGUGUAUUAUAUGUCGUUCUAUGGUGCGGGGGAAUUCCUCUCCAGAUCGUAUCUCAGCUGGAUCUUCUGUUGCAAUCCCGCAAUCUCAGAGACUGUGACUAUUUACAAAACAUGGAUUCCAACGGUYCUAUCCAGUGGUGUAUUCGUGUUGAGUUUCUGUAUAUCUUGGUUCAGGUUCGUUGAAAGCAUGUACUUGAUUAUGUUUUUAGCGUUUGUGGUAGGGAUUCUUAGCGGCUGUGUUUAUUCAAACACACUUGUAACGAUUCAACAAACUAUUGAGCCACGAUAUGAGGAGUUUUGCUUGGGUUUGGUGACCCUGGGGAGCAAUACUGGUGCCUUUGUGGGCAGUUUUGUGGGGCUGUGGCUAGAGCCUUUCUUACGCCAUCGAUGUACAAAGAUAAAACCUAACGCGGUAAAAACCUGCUUUACUCGUUAUGAAACACGAAAAUGGACUCAAGCUAUAUGUGGAGGAAAGGCAGUCGAUAUCAAGAUUGAAAUCUAAUUUAACAUUAAAUGGGGUUUAUUUUUUUAUAAUUUUAUUUUGGAAAAGGAAUAAUAAUAUACUGGCCGUUACCAAGAUUGGGUUGGAUCAUAAACAGUACUGUGAGAAAUCUGAAUUUUUACCUAAAAGUAUUGCUUGUGAAAGGUMGUUCUGGAACUAUAGCCUAUAAAAUCAAUCGAUAGAAAUGUGGGGUUAUAUAAAAAACAAUUUUUUCGA